AGAUCGAUAGAUACCCACAUAGUUAAACAGCAGAGAAAUAGCAAGGAGGAAGAUGAAUAGGGUCGAUGAAGAGCGGUGGGACUGGAGAAGAGGAAUAAAUGGUUUGUUUUGGAUAGAGCGUUUGUUUCUCUGUCUAGUUUUCGUCUUUCCCACAUACGUCUUUCACCUCAUCGUCCCUAUCAUUCUCCCCACUACUCUUAUGGCUUUACCCAUCUACUUAUUCUUGAUCCCUAAUCUCUCUUCCGUUGGACCCUCUGGUAUUGGAGGAUUCUGGUUGUUUUUAUUGGAUCGUUCCACUUUUUACUUAGGCCUUGAGUAUUUUAACCUGUUGGCUGACGGCUCUAAGUCCACCUUCCUUUGGCGUCUCAACCUUUCCCUCUCCGUCGUGAUCCACUCCAUCUACGUCGCCGACCACUUCCUUAGAUCUCAUCAAGCAGUACUACCUCCUCCUCAAUCUCAGAAUGUUGUGACUCCGAUUUUCUCCGAUGAAGGUGAUGUGAACAAGGACGUGGAGAAGGUGAAGGAGUUAGUGGAAGAUGGGAAGAAGAUGAUGACAUCUAUGGAGCACAUGAUCCACUCUUUUCUCGAAACUCUUAGAAAAGAUUGGAGAGAGUUUCGUGAUGAUGAGAAGAAGGAGAUGAACAUACAACAAGUGGAUGUUGUGGAGCAAAUGGUCUGCUCAAAGAUGGAAACUCUGAAAGACAACGUUCGCCUCAACGUUGAUGAGAUCUGGACAGGUCUCCUAGAUGACCUGAGAUCUAUAGUCGCCGAAGAUAUCAAAGCUUUGAGACAAGACAGCGGCGAGUAUGUGAAAUCUGUCACCGACCAACUCGACAAGACCUACCUUGCCAUCCAAGAAACAGCCAAAGAAGCAAUGACUACAGCCGACAAGGCCCAAGAGACGUACCUUGCCAUCAAAGAAACCUCCAAAGAAGCGAAGACUACAGCCGAUAAGGCCCUCGAGACCUUCCUUGCCGUCCAAGAAACCUACAAAGAAGCGAAGACUACAGCCGACAAGGCCCUCGAGACCUACCUUGUCUUCCAAGAAGGCCAAAACAAGAGACGGAUGAUAAGAGGGGAGGAUGUAGAGGGGUUUGUCGAGCUGAAGGAGCAAGUGCGACGAAUGUCGGUGGAAGCGGAGAUUGCAGCGGAGGAGCAGGCUCGUGCUACGGGAGAGUUGGUGGAUGCACGGAUUCAGCAAUGGGAGGAGGACAAUGCCGAUUAUCUUGCCUCCCUCCCGCUCUUGUAUUGCAAUAAGCAUAACUAAUAUUAUAUGAUUUGAUUUCAUCGUCUCUUUCCUUUCUUGGUUUUUAUGGAGCUUGUUGGUUAGAUUUUAGUAACUAAAAUAAUUUUAUUAUUGCUUCUGAUAAUAUUUUUGAA